GAAUUCGUCAGUGUUUGUCAGUGUUGGCUGUGGCUCCGCGAGACAAGGGACUGUUUUAUCAUCUACCACGUCGCGUAUCAACACGACGCGGAUACUGGAUGAUUAAAGGAUAUCCUGUGUUUGUAGUUUAAAAGGAAAAAAAAGAGAGUGAGAGAGAGAGAGAGAGAGAAAAUCAAGCGUGUUGCACAUGAACUGUGAUCAUUAAUCAGUAAUCAUAUCUCAAAGAAGAAAAUUUUCACCAAAAAAAAAGUUCCUAUCCGGACUGCAAGGAUAGUUUUUGGGUGUGGGACACAGUGAUUAGGAAGAAUCCGGGCAAACAUGGCCACCGCUAUCGACGACCGGCAAGAAUUGCUGGAGCAAUUUCAGACGAUUGAUGAGAAUGGUGACGGAUUCAUCGAUCUGACAGAAUUGCGAAAUGCACUGGAUGUCUGUGGUUUUAAAAUGCCAGGAUAUAAAGUACGUCAAAUGAUUGAAGAAUAUGAUGACAAGCAAAGAUUGGAGCACAAAGGUCGUCUAUCAUUUGAGGAAUUUGAGAAACUAUGUAAAGAACUCAAGGCAAAUGAGCUCGGUUCCACGUUUAAGCAAGUUGUCUCAAAGAAGGAGAAUCUAGAGACUUUGGGUGGAAUUUCCGAAGCAUCGAGUGAAGGUACCACACAUUCAGUACGUCUUGAGGAACAACUCGCUUUCAGUGAUUGGAUAAACACAAAUUUGGCUCACGAUCCCGAUCUGAAACACCUUCUUCCAAUCGAUGGCGAGGGCAAGGCUCUUUAUGAUAAAGUCAAGGAUGGUAUUCUUCUAUGUAAAAUUAUCAAUCACUCCUGUCCGGAUACGAUUGACGAGCGUACAAUCAACAAAAAGAAUAUGACCCUCUACAAGAAGCAUGAAAAUUUGACACUUGCUUUGUCAUCAGCACAGGCAAUUGGUUGCAAUAUUGUCAACAUCGACGCACACGAUCUCACCAAAGGAUCCCCACAUUUGGUUCUGGGUCUUCUUUGGCAAAUCAUAAGGAUUGGUCUCUUUAAUCAAAUCACUUUAGAAAAUUGUCCCGGCCUAGCUACACUACUUCAAGAAGGAGAGCGCAUCGAGGACCUUCUUAAACUCUCGCCAGAAAUGAUUCUCCUACGUUGGGUGAAUCAUCAUUUGGAAAAUGCUGGCAUUGCAAGAAGAUGCACCAACUUUAUGUCAGACAUCACCGAUUCGGAGAUAUAUUCCCACUUGAUAAAACAAAUAGCGCCUAAUUCCGCCGAAGUAACCCUCGAGGCUCUAAUGGAAUCGAAUCACAUGACAAGAGCCGAAAUAAUGCUUCAACAAGCCGGCAAACUUGGUUGUCGGAGUUUCGUCACACCAAGCGAUGUUGUUAACGGAAUUUACAAGUUGAAUCUUGCCUUUGUAGCGAACAUGUUUAAUAAUUAUCCCUGUCUAGAUAAGCCCGAAACGAAUAUUGAAGGUCUCGAGGCUUUAGAGGAGACACGAGAGGAAAAGACUUAUCGUAAUUGGAUGAAUUCUUUGGGUGUGUCGCCACACGUCAAUUGGCUCUAUUCCGAUCUCGCCGAUGGUCUUGUCAUUUUCCAGCUUUAUGACAUUAUCAAACCGGGAUCAGUCAAGUGGAAUAAGGUUCACAGGAAGUUCACAAAGUUGAGGAAAUUUAUGGAAAAGUUGGAGAAUUGUAAUUAUGCCGUUGAGCUUGGAAAGAAUAUGAAUUAUUCCUUAGUGGGUAUCGCUGGUCAGGAUAUUAAUGAUGGUAAUGCGACAUUGACAUUAGCUUUAAUUUGGCAACUAAUGAGAUCAUAUACUCUGUCACUGUUGACCUCACUUGGUGGUACACAAAAUAAUAUAAGUGUGGAAAAAGAAAUCGUACAGUGGGUUAAUUCAAAAUUGCAAACUGCUGGAAAAACCAGUAGCAUUAAGGGUUUCCAAGACUACGCGAUAGCUGAUGGAAAAGUUCUUCUCGAUUUAAUUGACUCCAUUAAACCAGGAACUGUAAAUUAUGAUCUCGUCAAGGAGGGAGGAAAGGAUGAGGAAAACUUGGAUAAUGCAAAAUAUGCGAUAUCCUUGGCUCGAAAAUGUGGAGCGCGGGUCUAUGCAUUGCCUGAAGACAUUACCGAAGUGAAACAGAAAAUGGUGAUGACAGUAUUUGCCUGCCUAAUGGCUAUGGACUACAUUCCAAAUAUGGAUUCAAAACAGAAUAACGUUAAUGAUGUUCAAUAAUGAAACGUUUUGUUUCCGUUUUCUUUUCUACUCCUACGCGUCUUCUCUUUUUUAACAAUUUUUUUUCGCUAUCAAAACCUGUGUAUAAUUUCUCCUCGCCGAUUUAAUAUCGUUUAACGAUAGGCCACUUGAACGUUCAUUUUUGAAACGUACUAAUCUAUGUAAAUAUUCUUAGAUUAAGAUAGCUGAUUUUUCAAGUUUAAAAUGGUGAGAUUCUCAAAAAAAAAAAAAUAUGAAAUUGAGUUCAUAAUUAAAAAAAGACAAUUUUUUUUUGACAAACACGUGCAAUAUUUAAUUAUUUCUCAACUUGAAAAGUUGUAUAAACAAAAACGAAUUUAACUUAAGUUGUAUAAUUUUAGUAAUUAUCAUUAAUUGCACGUUCUUGUCAUCAGGAAACUUAACAAAGUUAUAUUUGUUUCAAGAGAAAAAAAAAUCGGGCUAAAAAAAUUACUUUUAAAAUAAUAUAUGGAAAAUUUUUUAUGCAAAAUGCGAGGCAAAAUGUAUUUGAAAAAUUGCCUAAUUUUUCCUACUGCGUGAAUUUGUGAAUUAACUUCUAGAUGAUUAAUUAUCGUAAUCAUGAAUCUUUCCAUUUGAAGAUAAUUUUGCGCCUAAUAUACCAAGGUAAUAAUAAACAAAACAAACUUGUUUAUAAACAGUCAUAAAUUAAAUAAAUAUAAGUAUUGCGUAACUAGUAAAAUUAUAAUAAAUAC